GUCAUAGACGCUCGAACAUCUCCGCGGAAACCACCUGUAAAUUCUGGGUGUAACUUUUUAUUACUGUUUUGAGGUCUUGGUCGGUUAUUGUCAUUGCGUUUCAGUGUGCUUUUUCCUUUCGGCAAUUAUUAAGCCGAAAUCGAUCAUCUGCAGACCAUGAGCUCCAGCAACAUCAAGCCCAGUACCGCAACCAAGGCCGGCCAGAGCGUAUACCCAGGGGUUGCGCCAAACAACCAGUCCAUUCUGCUUGAAAAGCUAAAUGUUCGAAGAUCUACACCAGACUCUGAAGCCCUGGCAAGUUCGGACGACGAACCCGACCCUCAUCGACAAGACGCGCAUCGACCACAAGUACAGCCUCAGAACCCUGUACGUCGUGCUUCUUGGCUGAAUGAUACAUCACAAACUACGUUACCCCAUCCGAGGAAAGGUUCAUUUGCGAGCAGUUCUAUGUCACCAACAGCCUCGCAUCCUAGUACCCCAUCAGCCGAGCCGGGUGUAACCGCUUGGGGGACUCAUACUACAUCUUCGGCGGCGAUGGGAAGGGGACAUCAAGGACCGCCGUCUUUCCCAUGGGGAACAGGCAUUUGGAACACAGAGCGUAAGGAGCCGCCUUCUCGAUUGACCGAAGUCCUCCCUUCGCCGACAUCUACCGUCCCCAGUAAUGCUGGUUUCUUUGGUGAAGAUAGUUCGUUGGCGCAGACCUCGCCCACUCCGCGAGAGCAGAAUCCUAACCCACAAAUUCCGUUCGCCAUUCCCUUGCACCCAACCCCCAAAACAUAUCGCUCUCAGUCAUACUCGGUGGGUCAGUUAGACCCGGAUGCAACGACGCCGACGAUGCCUACGUCCUCGAUGCUAUCAGGAAGACCGCGUGCUCCCCUUGGACAUCCUGGAUUACAGCACAGACCCUCGCGCCCGAGUAUGUUGAGUGAGAUGUCCAGUGAAGGUGCGAUGCUAGGUAAAGUAAAGGAAGUUGAGGAUGACGAUGAUGAGAGUGCUAGUGACACGGCUCAGGCAUCUCAUCAGCAGCAAAGUGCCGAGGCGAAGACAAUAGAGAUGCUCACUCGAGAGAAUGCUAUGCUGAGACAGCAGCAGCAGCAACAGCAGUAUCACAACUCUCGGCUCAGACCCCGUGCGUCAACCGCUGCUACUUACGGAUUAGGUAACGGAUACGGCGUCCGCGGACCCGUUCCCGAAGAGUCCGACUUCGCGAUUGACGAAUUAGAUGAAGCUGGAGAGGGCCCGGACAGUGCCUCGAAACGAGGAGUAGGAAGGCGCAUGAGCGAAUACGCGUCUGCGUCUUCGGCUUUCCGUUCCCCUUAUCCCCUAGAGAACAGGAAGCUCGAGAAUGUUAAGAAAGCAUAUUGGCAGAGUUCUCUAGGUUUUGGUGGCUUGACUGAGAUUUCGCAGAGUCGUAGACAUUCCUUUGCCGACGUGCCUACGCGACAAGGAUCAAUCGGUUCUAUUGGCGAGGGUGUUUCUCUUCAUGAUGCAACUUCCGCAGAGGCAGCACAGUCUCAUUCUCAAGACUUUGGCGGAUUCCCCGAGAGCGCGGGCUUUCAAACUGCUAGUCCUGUAUCCUAUUACUCAGGUGGAGGCAAUGCUCCUAAUGCACACCAAGCCAUCGCGUCCUCUGCUUACGGUCAUCCGUACCAGUCGCCCUACGGACUUCCUCCAACCUUUGGUAACCGUGCGCCAUCACCUCACAGGAGUAUGUACGGAAUGAGCCAGCCCAGACACAAUCAACUGCUGCAUAUUGUUCUUUUCAAGUGUUCUAGGGCAGAUGUGUUCUACAUCCAGGAAGGAACUGGCCUUACGGUUAAACCUGGAGAUCUUGUCAUCGUAGAGGCAGAUCGGGGAACGGAUCUUGGAACCGUGGCUCGCGAUAAUGUGGACUGGCAAACAGCUAAAGAAUUGAAGGAGCACUACGCUGAAGAGCACUACAAAUGGUUGAUGAUGUAUUCCCAAAAUGCCGCGGCCGCUCAGGAAGGGACCGGGGCUGGUUUGAUGGCUGCAUCUAACGGUCUUCAAGGCAGCGCAAUCGGCGGAAUGGGACCACCAAGCCAGCAUCACAUGCAAGAACCAAACGCGGGCGAGCUCAAACCGAAGCUCAUCAAACGCCUGGCACAGAGUCACGAGAUUCACAACCUUCGAGAUAAAGAAGGAAACGAAGCCAAGGCGAAGCGUAUGUGUAUGCAGAAGGUAAAGGAGCAUGGCCUUAACAUGGAGAUUCUCGAUGCCGAGUUCCAGAUGGACUGGAAGAAAUUAACCUUUUACUACUUCGCCGAUUCGUAUAUCAACUUCAACUCGCUAGUCACCGAUCUUUUCAAGAUCUACAAGACGCGAAUUUGGAUGUCCGCUAUCAACCCCGCCUCAUUUGCCAGCCCGACCUUGGGGUUGCAGGCGCCCAGCGGCAUCGGCCCAGGUGCUGUCGGCCUUGGAAGAGGAAGUGGAUCCGCCAACACAGAACGAAGAUCCAAUCCACCCCAGGACUCACAGGUUGCCUUUACCAGUCCGGGUGCUGCAGGCCGACCGUUUCAGCCACCCUUCAACCAGCCAUUUGGCGGGCCAGAUCGUCCUUCAGUGGCCAGCUCUGCAUAUCCCCCGUCCGGUUUUCCAUACUCCGCCUAUGGUGCGUUUAGCAGUGCUCCGAGGUCCGGCGCAGUGCCAUAUGUCCCGAGCGUGAUGCAAGGGAUGGAUACAUACCCCGGCGGCUUCUCCCAACCUGGGGAAUUCCCCCCAAGCAUGCGAACGCGUUAUCCGAGUCCCCACACGGCUCCUUCCCCUCAUGAUCAGUCAGUGCCUAACAUGACAGGACAGAACGAAUGGGUUGGAGCGUUCCAGGGGCUCUCUCUGAACUCCCGCUGAACCCGAGGAGUUUUUGGAUUGAAUUCGUUCCAUUACGGCUUUCGAUAACUCCCUCUCGUUACUAAUGAACCUGGAGAUAUUUUCAAUUCGCCAGGAUAUUGCGAUACCCCUUACCCCCUAUUAUGGUUCAACCUCAGUCUAAAAUUCGUUGACGCAAACAUUCAUUACUACCAUACGGCAUCUAUCUUUGUUACUCACCUUCUAAAGGCAUUUUUUGGAACCUCAACCAUCCAGUAAAGACUAAUGUCGUACUGAGUAACCUCGAAUUUUCAUUACACUAAAAUUCCAUUCUCGUAUUAUACUUCCCUCGUACCAUACCAUCACUAUUAUACGAUCCGAGACUAAAGAGACGUAUUACGAUCAACGGGUUGGCAG